AUGCCGUUGCGGAGAGAGGCGCCCUGGAAAUCGCACGUGAGAAAAACACUGCGCGCGAUUUGCACCCGGUAUCACACCCGCCUCGCCCACUGCUUCACGCGCAUUGGCCUCGACGGUAUUGCACCCCAAUACCACGCCUUCCUUUCCCGUCGCCUUCCCUUCCCCCGCCCUCCUUUCCCGUCGCCCUCCCUUCCCGUCGCCCUCCCUUCCCGUCGCCCGCGCUUCUUCCCGUCGCCGUCCGUAAUUCUCGUCAGUCUCCCUUCGGCUCGUCCCCUCGCUUUCCCUGUCUCCCUCUUUCCCUGUCGCCCUCGCAAUCCGUGUCUCCCUCUCUCCCCCUCGCCCUCGCUUUCCCCGCCAAUGAGGCACCGCCGCCCUCCCUUUCCCCAUCGCCCUGCCAUCCACUGCUCGUCUCCUCGCCUUCCCUCCCGCCUCCCUUCCCAUCUCGCACGCGUCCCGUGCCCUGCUUCCCCCCCUCCCCGCCUCCUCUUCCCCCCAUCCCCCUCCCUGCGUCCCCCCAUCCUCUUCAUUCUUUCCCCUUAUCCCAAGCCCUGCUUCCCCCCAUCCGCAUUUCUGCUUCCCCCCCUCCCCGUCCCUGCUUCCCCCCAUCCGCAUUUCUGCUUCCCCCCCUCCCCGUCCAUGCUUCCCCAUGUCCUCUUCCCUGCUUCCCCCCCUCCCCGUCCAUGCUUCCCCAUGUCUUCUUCCCUGCUUCCCCCCACCCCCUGCCCUGCUUCCCCCCAUCCCCUGCCCAGCUUCCCCCCAUCCCCUGCCCAGCUUCCUCCCAUCCCCUGCCCUGCUUCCCCCCUUCCCCUUCCCGUCUUCCCCCCAUCCCCCUCCCUGCGUCCCCCCAUCCUCUUCAUUCUUUCCCCUUCUCCCAAGCCCUGCUUCCGCCCAUCCGAUUUUCUGCUUCCCCCCCUCCCCUUCCCUGCUUCCCUGCAGUGUCUCCUCGACCGCCACUCCACUUUGCUCCCCACACAUUUCACGGCCUUAUGUCCCCCUCCCGCCACAGUACAUUCAGGCCAAUUCACUCCCCCCACCUCCUUCGGUUUGCAUCCCUCCACAUCCCCCUCCCCAUCCCCCUCCCCACCACCAGGCGCGCGCCCUGCUACAUCCCUCCUGCUGCUCCCUCUGCUUUGUCCUCUCCAGCAAACCCCUUCCAACACAGGCGCACCGCUGGCACCCCUCGCACACUCCUCCGUGUACCCACCCACUAUGUCUCAGAUCUCAGCAGCAUCAGUUCCCACUGUUGGUGUUAGGUUGGAGAGGAUGGUACAAAGAGGAGGGAGGGAGCGCUGA